AGGGGGGGUGGGUAUUUAAUGCAACACACCAUUACAUCUUAGUCAGUUGUGGAACCCAAAGCCUAAGAGAGGAGAGAAAGCGUGAUCACAGCUGAACAAACAACUAACAACAAACAACUUUGUGAGCUACUUAUGAGAAGGUACAAUUUAUUUUCCUUUGUCCUCCUCACUGCCCACUCCCCUCGUACCUCACCCCGAUGACCUCACCCCAAAACCUCCCAUGGACCUCACCCACUCCAUCCCCGCCUGAAUACACCUUCCACCCCUCGAGAUCAUGCGGGCUGCGGGGCUCCUCUUCAUGGUGUGUCUGGUGGACCUGAACUUGGCCCAAGGGGUCAACCAGUUGCAGUGGUUGGCCCAGCUGCGGGGCCGCUGGCGCCAGCCUCAGGCCCUCUGGGCCAACGGCCAGGACCAAGACUGCCCCCUGGAGUGCGACUGUCCCGCCAAGUACCCCGCCGCCAUGUACUGCCACGGCCGCAACCUGCACCACGUGCCCUACGUCCCCUCGCACAUCAAGUACGUCUACCUGCAGAGGAACCACAUCACGGGCAUCCAGGACGGGGUGUUCGACAACGCCACCAACCUGGUCUGGCUGGUGCUGUUUCAGAACCGCCUCAACUCCGACAAAAUCGGGAAGAACGUGUUCGGGAAGCUGAGGCACCUGGAACGCCUCUACUUGGAUCACAACGAGCUCAGCCGUGUCCCGUCCAACCUGCCCAAGUCCAUCAAGGAGCUCCGCCUUGGCAACAACCAGAUCUCCAAGAUCCAGGCGGAGUCCUUCGAGGGCAUGACCGAGCUGGCCAGUCUUCAGCUCCACGCCAACGUCAUCGAGGACGUUGGAGGGGCGUUCAAGGGGCUGAAGUCUCUGGCCGUACUGGACAUGAGGAAGAACAACCUUCGCGAGAUGCCCAAGAGCCUUCCGGAGAGCCUCCACCAGCUUUAUCUGGGCUCUAAUAAGAUAGAGAGCGUUCCUGCCGACUUUCUGAGCAUGCAUCCCAAAUUGCAGUUCUUAAGGUUGAGUAGUAACAUGCUAACAGAUGAGGGUAUUCCAUCCAAUGUGUUUAAUGUGAGCACGCUGGUGGAACUGGACCUUUCCCACAACAAACUGGAAAGGAUCCCCAUGUUGAGCAGGGACCUGGAGUACCUCUACCUAGAGGCCAAUCGUAUUAAAGAAUUCUCUUUGAGCAGUUUUUGCAGUGUGGUAGACAUGACCAACUUCUCAAAAUUGAGAGUGCUGCGUUUGGAUGCAAAUAAGAUUAGUGCCAGAGACAUUCCAACUGAAGCCGUCUACUGUUUGCGCCUUGCUGCCUCCAUAAAUGUUUAGGAUCUUCUAUCAUAUCUCAUCAAUUUAUCAAUGGAGAUAUGUCCCAAGGUAACCCGUGCCUUCUAUAAAAGCCUCUAUCAUAAAUUGAUUUAGAACCACGUUACGUCUAUUUAGAUUUUGAACUGUAUCCCAGUUGUGUUUUCUGACUUUGUUUUUCUGUUUUUCUGUAUGCCACAUGAAAGCCAUAACUAAAUAAGUUAAAUUAAGUGUGUUAUUCACAAAAUCCUUAUCAAAUGUUCAUGUCUUCCCAAGUUAAAAUGUCACUAGUCAUAACUGAUUAUGACAUGGUGAGGAUUAUUUUGGUCCCUUUGCUUCCAUCCUGUGGAGUAAAACAGUCUUACAGCAGGAAAGGAAUGAACUGAUGAUUCUCAUUUGCGUGUUCAAAGGGAAGAGAAAUGUGUUGUGAAGGCUACUUUCUGUGUUUUAAAAAUCACUCACAGCUCUUUUUCAUAAUUUAACCAAGUAUCUUCAAUAAAACGGUGAAUUUUAUUUCCAUUUAAAGAAUGUAGCGUAAAAGUAAACAAAUGAAUCGGUGUACGAUUAUAUAUGACAAUAACUAUUAUGCAAAUGUUCAUGUUUUUCUCUCACUAAAUGAAGUGACCAUGUGUCUAUGCAAAUAUGAAGCAUGUGUAGAGCCCUUGGAUAACACCAUCAAUAUAAAUAUCUGACACAGCCAAAUGUUCUCUUUGUUGUGGUAAGCCUAAACUUAAAAACAGCUGUUCACAGCUCCCUCCAAGUCAGAAAGGUAGAGAGACAGAGGAGAGAGCGACUGAGCAAGAACUAAAGAAAAAGGAAAGAUAGAAGGAAAGAAGAAAUCAAGAAAGAAAAUAAAUAAAAGAAUAGCUUUCUUUCAGAACAGUCUUAACUGUUUUUGGGAAACUUCCAAAUCUUUUUUUUUCGCAAAUAGUUGGGAGCCAUGACAAGGGUGGGUUGUUUUCUGUUACACAGAUGCCUUUAAUCUGCUGCAGGAAAAUAAUAAUAGAUCACCAAAUUAAAAGUAGAAAAAUUGCACAUCAACUAUACUUUUAUUUACAAUGAUCAGUAGUAAUCUUUGAAGUUUUUUUUACAAUCCACUCCUCACAUAUUUUUGGACUUUCGAGGGAUUUGUAUUGUGACAGAGAUAAAAUAUAGGCUUUAGGCCCCACACAUGCACAUGAUCACAUGUAGCAGCCAUUUCCACAAAAAAGGUCAGGGAUGUAAUCCUCUGGGAUCCACAUGUCAUGCUAUCACUAUGAAAACAAAACAGUUGUUACGCAACAUAUAAUGCUCACCUGUCUGAAAGACAGCAUUAUAAACCCCUUUAUCCUUUAAGAAUCAGAAACGCCACAUUCCAUUAUUUUUUACUGCCUUUAAUAACAUAAUGUAUUGUUGCCAGGCUUUGAUCAUGGUUUACGUAAUCCAAAGUAUUAAACAUUUAAUACAAAGUUUAAUCAUAUGUUUUGUUUUCUUUCCUUAUAGCCAGUAUGUUUUUAUUGUUCCCCAGAAUCUUUUUAAGAGGAGGAUGCCUUGGUUAACAUUAUUUUUGGCAGGGUAGGCCUCCUAAAAAGGCCCACUCUUUUGAAGUUUGGCUGGAGCUUUGAGAGUCUUAUGAAAUGGAAAGUUAAACCAACAGGCAAUAAAAGGAUCACGACCUUAACCAAUCCACUAGUGUUAAUAGAUCGGAUGUCUCAAAGGGAUUUUGUUGGGUGUCACAUUUCAUUCCCACUGUUAUCAAAGCGUUGCAGAGGUAAUUUAAUAUGGAUUUUUAAUGCAUCAAUAGAUUAUUAUUAUACAGACAGUUUUAACAUAUAAUAAAUUAGUGGUUGAAACAUUUGGGAAACAGCUUUAACAAUAGAUAAGAAAGUGUUUAUGUUACAUAUGAUAGACAAAUUGUUCAACAUAGAUAACUAUUGUAAAAAUAAAUAUUUUGUUUUCUCAACUAAAUAGAAAAAUAUAAGCCAUGGAUACAGCAUAAACAUUAAUAUGCAAAGCACAUUAUUCUAAAUAAAAACUCUUGCUUCCACUUAAAGCCAAGCUCUGAUGACAUAUGGUUCAGAUGGUACAUUAUACAUAUGAAAAUAUGUUAACUCUUGUGUCCUUGAUGAUUAAUCAAUCGAAUGUUCACCUUCAUGUGUUCGUCAUACACUGCUCAAUUCAUGUGCUGUCAUUGCCUAAUGAAAAAAUAAAAUGUGAAUACACUUGAAACAGAU